AUGGCUCUUGUGACAAUUGAGAAUGCUGAGAAAUGGCAAGAGAUUUCUAGUUUGGUAUUCCGGACAUUUGGCACCCAUAAAAUUCUCUGGGUUGGAGCUUUUACCGGCGAUCGAUAUGAUCAAUUUGUUUGGAUCUCAACAUGGGAACCUAUCACAUUUUCCUAUUGGCAUCAUGGCCAACCAGACUUUUAUGGAAAUAAUGAACACUGUUUACAAAUUGGUUGGGGACCGAACAUGCAAUGGAAUGACCAUCAGUGUCAUGUGAAAUUUGGUUAUAUUUGCGAACGUCGUAAAGAAAAGAAAGAAUGCGUUUGUGAAACCCCAAAACCGGUUGAAUGUAUUUGUGAAAAGAAAAAGAAUUAUGGUAGUUUAAUAUUUCAUUUCGAUAAUCGCAAACGUCAACUACUUCGGGUUGGAGCUUUUACCGGUGAUCGACAUGAUCAAUAUGUUUGGAUCGAAACAUGGGAACCGGUCACAUUUUUCAAAUGGCAUCGUGGCCAGCCAGACUAUUUUGCCAAAAAUGAACACU